CUGCUAAGCUCCGGCUGCUCCAGCGCUGCCAGUGUCCGGAGCUGGAGGGACGCGCGACGGGCUGCUCGGAGACGGAGGCGCAGGUACUGUUGCUCCGGCCCAGGGGAAGGGAGCAGCGGAGCCGGAAAGAGGACCGUCGGAACGGACUAUCCGAAGGGCAGGAGUGGGCCGGGAGGUCGUGCUGAGAGUCGAAGCCAGAGCCGGAGAAGGAGGCGGGUGCGCCCGGAGCGCACGCCGAGCGAGGCGCUGACCGCGCGAAAGGACUGAGCAGAGCCGAGCAGCCAGCGCCCGAGGAGGCUGGCGGGGCGGGCGCAGGGUUGCCGGGGAUGUGAGCCCGCAGAGCCCCCGGAGUCGGGACCGGAGCCAGCGCGCCCGGGGGGAGAUGUGAGUCCCGCGGCCGGGAGCCGGAGCCCGAGCCCGAGCCGGAGCGGGCGCGGCGCGAUGGUGCGGGGCGCUCCCCGGGGGCUGGGGCCGCCGCUGCUGCUGCUCGCGCUGUGGCUGCAGGGCCGGGGGGGCAGCGCUGCGCCCGCGCCCCGGACCGAGGAUCUGAGCCUGGGAGUGGAGUGGCUGAGCCGCUUCGGGUACCUGCCCCCGCCGGAUCCCGUGACGGGCCAACUGCAGACCCAGGAGGAGCUGGCCAAGGCCAUCGCGGCCAUGCAACGCUUUGGGGGCCUGGAGGCCACGGGGGUCCUCGAUGAGGCCACCCUACAGCUGAUGAAGACACCACGCUGCUCACUGCCAGACCUGACUGUACCUGGGACCCGAAGGAAGCGGAACACCCCUGCCCUAACGAAAUGGAACAAAAGAAAUCUGUCCUGGAGGGUUCGCACCUUUCCACGAGAUUCCUCUCUAGGCCGGGACACGGUCCGGGCGCUCAUGUACUAUGCUCUCAAGGUAUGGAGUGACAUCACACCACUCAACUUCCACGAGGUAGCAGGUAGCAAUGCUGACAUCCAGAUCGACUUCUCCAAGGCAGACCACAACGAUGGCUACCCCUUCGAUGGCCCUGGGGGCACCGUGGCCCACGCCUUCUUUCCCGGAGACCACCACACUGCUGGAGACACCCACUUCGAUGAUGAUGAGGCCUGGACUUUCCGAUCCUCAGACGCUCACGGGACGGAUCUCUUUGCGGUGGCCGUCCAUGAGUUUGGCCACGCCAUCGGGCUCACACACAUCUCGGCCAUCCAGUCCAUCAUGAGACCCUAUUAUCAGGGUCCCGUGGGCGAUCCCCUGAAGUAUGACCUGCCCUACGAGGACAAAGUCCGCAUCUGGCAACUGUACGGUGUCCGGGAGUCAGUCUCCCCUACAGCGAAGCCGGAGGUCCCUGACACUGAGGAUCACCCCUUUCUGCCGGAGCUCCCGGACAACCGCACCACUGUACCGCCAAGGAAGGACGUACCCCAUCGGUGCAAUGCUCACUUCGAUGCCGUGGCCCAGAUCCGAGGGGAGGCCUUCUUCUUCAAAGGCAAGUAUUUCUGGAGACUGACCCGGGAUAGGCACCUGGUCUCCCUGCAGCCGGCCCAGAUCCACCGCUUCUGGAGGGGUCUCCCGCUCCAUCUGGACAGUGUGGACGCUGUUUACGAGAGGACCAGUGACCACAAGAUUGUCUUCUUCAAAGGAGACAGAUACUGGGUCUUUAAAGACAAUAACGUAGAGGAAGGAUACCCUCGGCCCGUCUCCGACUUCAGCCUCCCGCCAGGUGGCAUCGAUGCUGCCUUCUCCUGGGCCCACAAUGACAAGACUUAUUUCUUUAAGGACCAUCUGUAUUGGCGCUAUGAUGAUCAUGCUCGGAGGAUGGACCCCGGGUACCCCGCAGAGAGCCCUCUGUGGAGGGGGAUCCCCAGCGUACUGGACGAUGCCAUGCGCUGGUCUGACGGGGCCUCCUAUUUCUUCAGAGGCAAAGACUACUGGAAAGUCCUGGACAGCGAGCUGGAGGCUGCGCCUGGCUACCCACAAUCCACCGCCAAGGACUGGUUGGUGUGCAGCGACAUACAGGCCGACGGGCCCGAGAACGAAGUCAGAGCGGAGGGAGCCAGGACCGGGGCCCGCUCGAGGCCCGGCCAGCAUGACGAGAGCCGCUCGGACAGCGGUUACGAAGUCUGCUCCUGCACAUCCGCCGCUUCCUCCUUGGGACACCUCUCCCAGCUGCUCGUGGCCCAGCUGGCCCUGGCCAGCCUCUGGACGACAGCCCCGACAGCCACAGGGCUAUGACCACUGAUACGGGCUGGGAGAGGGAAGAGCCAGGGUGGCUCCCCCACCCCCAGCUCCCCGGACCCAGACAACACCAAGGGCAGGGAUCCCCCCUCUCAGGGCUGCUGAGAUAUUCUCCAGGAGAAAAUGGCACCGUGUGGAGUUGCCAUCAACUCUCUGUUCUUCUAACUUAGCCUUUGACGAUAAGGAUGAGGCCUCUCUCAGCCCAUGAUCCAAAGCUCUUCCGUCCUGGCCUCCCAGAAGCUGGAGGUCUCUGGAGCAGAUGGGGUGGGAGUGGGGGAUAGGAAGCACUCUCUUGGGAAGGCUGGUCAGACUCUGGCCGGGCAGACGGUCAAUCUUCAGAGCUAUUGGACACAAGAAGAAGCGCGGGGUGAGGCCCCCGACUCGCCCUUUCAAGCCCUGGGUCCCGGGGAAGAUAUCUCAAGGAAAUCUAGUCUCCCUGGACACCCUCGAUCCGAAGGGAGGCCCAGCUCUCUGGAAAGUGGUCAUCCGGGGCCUCUCUUCCCUCUUCCCCCAGGGAAAGGGCCCACAGAGAUGGGGAACCCCAAGGCAAUCACUUUCCAUUUCCCCCCAAGGAGGCUUCCCAUCCUCCCUCAGUGGAAGGUCAAGAAGCGUUCAUGAAUCCAUCUCAUCUCCCCAAAUAGCCCUCUUGACCCGACAGCUCAGAUGGGAGAACAGGGUACAAACACAGUUUGCCAUUUGUCUCUUAGCUGCAAACACACGAGUCUCGGCCAGCAGGCGCCCCUUGGUCCCCAGAUAACCCUGUCCCUGGAAUCUCCCACCCUGGAGGGACGGGCCCCACAGGGAAGAAUAGGAGGGGGGAGAGACUGCCCCGGAGAAGCCCAUUUCCUGGGAGGGCAGGACGCCAUAAUUGCUGUCGUGGGCAGCAGAAACUUCCCCAAGGGGAGGCGAAAGGCCGGGAACCUGUAGGAGGCAGAUGUCUAGGGGCAGCCUCCUUGUCUGUGCGUGGUAUUUUAUCAAACACAAUCUCUUCCUGCUUUGUA